ACGUGUUAUCUCCGAAUAGAUAAACAGACUUGCUUUGCUAAUAGUAUUGAUACAGUUUAUUUAGAAGGCUUUUGUAUUGUGAUUGUGAAAGUGUGGGUCAAUGAAUACCAAUAAGGUUUGGCCAACCCAACUUAUACGUACCUACCCCUUAUCAUUCAGAUAAGGUUGUGUGAAAUUUUGUCUCCACUUUAAUAACACCAUCCACCCAUAGCCCCUGGCAUUUGCAAUCAAGUUAAUACCUUUCAGUGAUGUUCUUAUUUGGGGUAGUUUGAAAGUGCGUUUAAAGUUCAUGUAAGCUAAAGUAAAUUGUGAUGUGUUCUAGUCAUUAUCAUUCAUAGUAAAAUAAUUAAUAGAGAGGGUCUAAAUUUUAGCUUAAUUAAUUGGUAAUCCGUACUCAAUUUGUUGUGUAAAUAGUUUUUAUACUUUUUAAAUCUAACAGUCAGUUUCUUCCGGUUUACGGUUUUUUUUUUUUUAAAUUACCAAUUAGAAUCCAUGUUUAUUAAAAAGUUAUCGUGCGUAUUCCAAGAUUAAAAUGAUAUCGUUAAACCUUUUGUGCAUCGUCCCUUUUUUUAUAUAAUCCCUUUUCUAAACUUUGAGUCACCAAUAAAGCGAAUCAAUGUCGGUACUAUAAGUAAAUAUGUAGCAGCAUACAUAUAUAGUAACAUUGGAAAAGAAAGAAACUAUUAUCGAAACACAAGCAAGAAUUGACAAAAGGAAGAUAUAUUUUAUCCAUGUUCUGUUAACUCCAAGAAAUGAUAGACACUGAUCUAAAAAAUUCCAUUGAAUCGUUCGUGUGUUGUAUACCUAGUUUUUCUUAGUUCUAUGUGCCUCGCAUUCCGAAAGACUAUGAAUAUGGAAAGUCAAACCUAAACACACUUAAUGAGGAUUUUUUAUAGAUAUUAACAUUAGGCCAUUACAUUGAGCGCCAAAUUUUAGAAUUGAUAAAAAAGACGUUUUGAAAAAUCCCAUCAAAGCUCCUAUCUUUGGAAAAGUUAUUUAACCAAAUUUGCAAAUGUAGAGCAAUGAUUUCAACUGUAGCAGUGAUUUUGGCAAAGGAUGCUGCUGUUUUUCUUCAACUUAUAAUUAUCUUGGGAGUAAUAACACCACAGUGCAAAGCUACCAACGGGUUACGAGUACCAACCUUCAUUCAGGAGCCACCACCUAAUCUUUUAUUUAGCAACGAUACGGGAACUCAGGUUUCUUGCACAGCACAUGGCAAUCCGCCACCAAUUGUCACUUGGAUUAUGAAGGACGGUUCAGUAGCGACACCAGUUUCCGGCUUAAGACAAACGCCAGGAAAUGGAACCCUGUACUUCCAACCAUUUUUAGCACAGUACUUCCGAACAGAUGUGCAUGAGGCAGUGUAUAGAUGCAAGGCUAGCAACGAUGCUGGAACUAUAUUGAGUCGUAAUGUUCGUGUGCAAUCCGUAGUGAGACGGAACUUUCAUAUAAGAGUUGAAAACACUGAGGCAUAUUUAGGAAAUUCAGCCCUGAUUAAGUGCACAAUACCUGACUACGUGCGUCAAUAUGUUAAAGUGACAAGUUGGAAUCGAGGCGACGAAGUUCUGCUCCCGGAUCAAUCUGAUGUGGCUGGCAGAUAUGUGGUGCUCUCUACGUCAGGUGAUCUCUAUAUUCGAUCUGUUCGAGCUGAAGACGGACUAGUAAAAUUCUGGUGCCUCACAACUAAUACCUUAAGCGGUGAACGUCAACGAAGUGAUUCAAUAACACCUACUAUUAAAGAAUUAAGUAAAAACUUAGCUCCUUGUACAACUCAAAAGCCAGUGCUUCAAGUUUAUAUCGAAAGAGGGAAUGACGUGCACUUACCCUGCAACAUUCAAGGAAAUCCAUUUCCAAUAUUUACGUGGUUUAGAGUGUCCGACUCAUCAGCAUUAUACCCUAUUCCUUCUUCGCAAAGAAUUAUUCUAUCAAGGACGCUCCUGCUAAUAAAAUCUGCCGAUGAUCGAGAUUCUGGAAAAUGGAUAUGUCAAGCAUCUAACCAGUUUGGAGAACAAAGAAUAGAAAUUCAGUUGAUUGUGGAGUCGUACGUUUCGGUGCACAUCUUACCGCAAGUACAAAUAGUUAAUUCAGGUGGAACAGCUAUAUUCAAUUGUUCAACGACAGGAUCAUUAGUAGAAAGCGUCGACUGGCUUCACAAUGGUAGACCAAUUAUGGAAGACAACAAUUUCAGCACUGGCCGAGAUAACGUGCGGCUUUUAUCGAAGACAACCCUGAUGGUACAAAAUGUAGGUCGAAAUGACAAAGGAGUUUAUCAAUGCUUGGUUGGAAACCACAAAGCAAGUGCCCAAGCUAUGGCUGAACUUAAGUUAGGGGAUACGGUUCCAGAAAUGAUUUAUAGAUUUAUUGAGCAAAAUGUACGCCCUGGACCAUUAAUUUCACUUAAAUGUUCAGCUAGCGGAUCUCCACCACCUCAGUUUUCAUGGUUCCUUGACUCUCAGCCGCUUAUGGAUGUAUCACUUCAGCUCAGAGUUGCCAUUGGUCAAUAUGUGGACAUGUCUGGAGAUGUCGUAAGUCAUUUAAAUAUUUCUCAUGUUCGACCUGAUGAUGGAGGGCUUUACAAGUGUAUGGCCUCAAACACGAUGGGCAGCGUAACACAUGCAGCAAGAUUGAACGUUUUUGGUCCUCCAUAUGUUCGCGCAAUAGGACCAAUCAAAGCAGUGGCUAACGAUGAUAUAGCAAUUUACUGUCCAUUCUCAGGAUAUCCAAUCGAACAGAUAAGAUGGGAAAAGGGACAUCACGAAUUGACGUCAAAUUCUCAUUAUGCUCUCACUUCGAUACAAGAAGGGGGAUAUUUAGUUAUAAAAGGAGUCGAUCCGGCUCGAGAUGCCGGGCUUUAUACGUGUAUUGUUCGAAGUCGUACAGGGGAAGAGUCCCGCAGAGAUAUGCAACUAACAGUGAAUAGUCCCCCAGUUAUUGAGCCGUUCAAAUUCCCCAAGAACCUACAAGAAGGUGGAAGAGCCCAAAUUACGUGUGCUGUGUCAUCAGGUGACAUGCCAAUCUAUUUUAGCUGGAAAAAAGAUGAUAUGUCUAUACCAAUGAGCUUACAGAUAACUGAAAAAAAGGAAGAAUUUUUUUCGUUAUUAGUUUUUAAGGACAUCAGCUCAAAGCAUAGUGGGAAAUAUUCUUGUUUUGCCAGUAAUGCUGCUGCAAAAGUUAACUUUACAGCUGAAUUGCAAGUUAGAGUUGCUCCACGUUGGUCAUUUGAACCCAUGGAUACGGCUAUUAUGUUGGGAAAUACUAUAUCAAUAGACUGUAAUGCAGAAGGAUAUCCAAUUCCUGUAAUAACAUGGUUUAAAGGACAGGGAAAACAAUCCAAGGAUUUUAAACCGCUCAACAUGCGAAAUAACUCGCUCGUACUUAAUUUAGCAACUGAUGUAGACGAAGGAUAUUACAUGUGUCAGGCUGCAAAUGAAAUCGGUGCUGGUCUAAAGAAAAUAAUUCGCAUUAACGUGAAUGAACCUGCUAGAUUCGAGCAACCUGCGCGUAAUGUUUCUUCCCGCCGCAACGAUCCAGUUACUCUACAAUGUCAUGCCAAGGGCGAUGAACCCAUAACUAUUUCAUGGACGCACAACAACGGUCGCAUCGAUUUAAACAACUAUCGAUUCAGUAUUGCCGAAAUGAAAACAGACAAGGGUGUUGACUCUCAGCUGUCUAUAUCUCGCUCGGACCGACAUGACUCUGGACUUUACAAAUGCAUAGCGGAAAAUCCUUACGGGCGAAGUGAACAAAUUAUAUUCCUUGCCGUACAAGAGCGACCUGACAUCCCAUCUAGUUUAGAGGUUUUUGAAGUAGGCAGUCGAACGGUCAAGCUUUCCUGGCGUCGGCCUUUCGAUGGUAAUUCCCCCGUUCUUAGCUAUCUCGUACAAUAUCAGCCGUUGAAAUAUCUCCAGAGCCAUUCAGCCUUGGGCAUGGCCAAAAACGAAUGGAAUGGGCCAAAUAUAAUUAACGUCACUCUACCCUCAACGAGUGUCAGCAAGAGCUAUGACACUGACCUACGGGAAAAUGCUAUUGUAACGGGCCUUACUCCAGCUACUACGUUCCUUAUUCGUAUGCAAGCAAUAAAUGAAAUUGAAAGGAGUCAGUUUACAGAACCAAUAGUGCUUAAAACGCAGGAAGAAGCCCCAACGGAGGCACCAUCAAAUGUUCAGGUUCAAACUGGAGGAGAAAGUGAGCUUAUCGUCACAUGGCAGAUACCUCCAAGAGAAUCUUGGAAUGGGGAACUCAUCGGGUACACGGUAAAUUGUACUGAGGAAAAGCUAAAUAUCAACUACAUUAGCGUGGUUAAUAAUUCAUUAAAAUCUGUCGUCGUUAAUGGUUGGGCCACCACGAAGGCAACUAUUCGUAAUCUUCGAAAAUAUACAAGAUAUGCAGUAAUGGUGCGUGCCCUAAACAGUUUUGGUUCGGGGCCAUGGAGUUCAGCAGUCCUGGGCACUACUCUAGAAGGGGUUCCGGAAGCUGCACCACAAACAGUCAACUGCACUGCACUAUCUUCUCAGAGUCUAAAGAUAUCCUGGUUAGAACCAUUAUUGCAAUUUCAUGGUGGUAUCAUACAAGGAUACAAGAUUUUAUACCGGCCAUGCGUGGAUCUUAACGACUUUGCUUCAAAAAUGGAAAUUAAAAGAACAUCCAAUUUAGAAACAUACCUGCAUACAUUGCACAAAGCAACAAACUAUUCCAUACGAGUUCUAGCGUACACUUCAUCAGGUGAUGGCUUGGCAAGCAAUCCAAUCUACUGCCAGACAGAGGAUGAUGUUCCAGAUGCACCUUCUGCCAUAAAAGCAGCUGCACUAACAGCAGACUCUAUUUUGAUUUCAUGGCUUCCACCAAAGAAUCGAAACGGAAUAAUAUCGCACUAUACGGUAUAUUCGAGGGAGGCUGGACGCAAGGGACAAGCAAAAUCUCACAUGGUUCGGGUGGACGAGAACGGAUAUCCAAUAACAUUCGAAUCCAGAGGCCUUGUCGAGAACCAAAUGUACGAGUUUUGGGUUUCAGCCUCAACAUCCGUGGGGGAAGGUGAGCCAACGUCAGUGGUCGCCCAAGCAACUAAUACACGAGCACCGGCACGAAUAGCAUCGUUCGGGCAAACAAUACGAAAGGCUGUCGGAACAGGUUUGAUUUUGGAAUGUUUGGCUGUGGGUAAUCCUACUCCUCGAGCAAGAUGGUUGACAAGAGAUCGUCCGGUAACAUUUAGUCCUUUCUAUGAGGUUACAAAUGAAGGAAACUUAAAAAUACAUAGUAUCGAAAGUAGCCUUUCUGGAAACUACUCCUGCACAGCAAAUAACCUUUUUGGCAGCGAUGAAAUUCAUUACCAAGUGAUUUCAAUGAAACCACCAGCAUCCCCUCAAAUAAUUGUACAAUACGCAUCUGCAGAUAGUAUACGAAUAAGCUGGGAUGCUCCCGAAGACGGGGGAGCACCCCUUCAGGGCUAUACAAUAUCUUAUAGAAUGGUUGGAGGUACAUGGACGUCCAUUGAACUAACGCCCGAAAAUACUGCUUAUACAAUAACAGGACUGAAGUGCGGCAACCAAUACAUAAUCAAAAUGUCUGCUCAUAACAUUGUAGACAGUGGCACGGCAUGUGAGGAGAUUAACGUAUGGACCAAGGGAAAAGUUUCCCAGGCUCCAAAUGGCAACGAACUAAUCGUAACCAAUGCAACGUGCGUUAAUUUAAAGCUGGCAACAUGGAACAAUGGUGGAUGUCCAAUUAGUCACUUUGCUAUUGAACAUCGUCCAUUAGGCGACAUCAGAUGGACAGUUGUAACAUCAGACAUAUCAAACGCUGAAGAGAAUCGUGAAAAUUUAAUAUUUUGCGAUUUUUUGCCGUCUAAAUGGUAUCAACUGCGUAUUUCAGGAACAAAUGAUGCCGGUAAGACCACGGAACACUAUAACUUUGCCACAACCAACCUAGACGGAGUUAAAAUUCCCCCACCACCUGUAUUUCCAUCGGAGGCGGAUUUGGCCAACAAUUUAAUAAAUGUAAAUCCUACCAAUGAUUGGUUUUCAACAUUGAUUGUAAUCAUCAUCAUAACCAUCGCCAUCAUUAUUGUUGGGUUGAUAAUAAAGCAUCGAAGGACGUUGUGCGCACCAAUUUCCGACGGAUAUGAAUCAAGAGCAAUCCCGGGCGACUACAAAGAAGAUCGUGAUAAUCGAGGAAACCAGCAAGUCUACAGUGCAUCUCCGGUAAAGACAGUAGACAAGGGAAACGAUUCAGAAAUGUAUGAGAUAUCGCCAUAUGCUACAUUCAGUGUUAAUGGAGGCCGAACAGGUGCCUCCAACCCGACGAAGACACCAACUCGGGGAGUAACGCCCUCUACUUUGGACUACACAAUGCAGUUCAAAACGUUCGGCCACCCGGAGGGAGAAAAUUUGAAUGCGACUGCCUAUCCAAUAUUAUCGAGCUCGGGUUUUGGCCACGUUAAAUCCAAAUCCAGUUGGCACAAGCAACGAUAUUAUAAUACAGAUGAUGAUUCAACGCUUAGUAAGUCAAUGACAAUGGUGGCGGGAGCUUCUUCACAGGGGCACGUUAAAAAAUCGAGUCGCAGUGGCACCCGCACAAAAGGCCAAAGCAGAGUUAAUAGCGACCCAAGCCAUUGUGGCUCUGAAUCAGAUACCAGUGUAAGUCCCAGUACUGAAUUCUCCAAUAUGCCUACAUACAGAGUUCCUGUAAAAUCUUCAAGGGGAGGAGAUAUUUUCCGACCCGAUUCCAGUACAGAAUCAAACAAUGACCAAUCGUCACCAGUUGACCGACGAAUUAAUACACCUCUCCACUUAAGUGGAGUUGAGAAACGAUCAAAUCGAUCCCAUGGAUCCCGAAACCACCAGUUAAUUGAACACACAAAAGAAGGUCAUUCUUUGGACUUGGUCUGCCCUGGAAGUAACAACAGUUUAGACAGUGAGGUUAAUUCGGAGACAGCUAAAGUAGUUGUUAUAGCGUCGUCCAAAGAAGGUAAUGCUAACCAUUCGGGGUUCCCUCUACCUUCAAUAUUUACAGACUCUCGAGGGUUCAGUGAGGCAGAAUGUGAAAGAGAACAACUGGCGUUAGAUUUAGAAGUGCAGAGAGUGAUGGAGAAUAAGGAUGGGCAGUUACAGAAAAUGGGCAAGGAGGAAUUAACCUCACUGUUGGCAAGGUAUCAUGAAAAAAAGGAACAAGAGCGCCAAGAGUACACUAUUCAUGUUUAAAUAAAGGAAAGAUUGCCUCUACUCUACUGUGUAAAAUUAAAUACAAUAAGUAUUACAAACUAUAUUUUUUACCUACUGAAAUUAUUGUACUUUCAAUUUAAAAUAAUUCAAGACUACAUAAUAUCAUUGAAAUCUCAACAAGGGGAGUUUAAACAUCAUAAGAUUAUAAAAAAGAAUAGUUAACUUGUAUACAUGCUUACAUAAUACACUUUUACAAUAUUCUUUUUCCACACAAACUUUUGAUAGUUUGUAAAAGUUUUCAAAAAGAAUAUUAUAAGUUUGACCGCUUUUUGUUUUAAAACCAAUUCAAACGAUUUUUUGUACUAUACUAUCACGACAAACUAGUUGGUUAUUUCAUUAAGUUUUUAGAAUAUAAUAAAAUAAUUUUAUUUUAAGAAACUUAUUAUUAAAACAUUUAUCUGUGCUAAGGAAAUAUAGUUAUUUUAAUAUAUUUAACGAAAUUAAUUUUUAAUUGCAAAUAUUUAUAUAUAAAAAUUAGUCAAGGCCCUUGUCUAAUAUUUGUUUUAUCGAAAAAGGAGACUGUACAAACAACAACAACAAACUACGUUUAUAUAAUUAAAGAUAUGAUUAAUACCAUCCUAUUAACAUUACGUACUGGUAUAAGAAAAACUAUUUUAAAAUAAACAAUAACUUAUAUGUAAAUUAAAUGAAACACUGCCCAGAUAUCACGAGUGAUAUCUUUUAGUUUGUUGUAGUGUAGUAGCUUUGUGGCCUAGUUGUAAACAGAAGGAAUGACUGAUACCUUACUUCUACAUUUGGCAUGAAAACAAAUUUCAACAUCAUUUUAUAUAUGGUUACUUGCCUACCUGUGACCAACUUAUUGCCAACAUCUUGUUGUCUUUGAUUCAUGCCUCGACAAACCUUACUAUGAAUUUAAUUUAACGUAGUUGGGUUCAGAUAAUCUAAUAACAAAUUUUAUAUGAAAACGUAAAUGUAUGUAUGUAUUAAUGUUAAAUUACAUCUAGGUCAUAAUCCAUAGAACAAUUAAUCCAUAAUUUCUAACAGUGACAACUCACCAUUUAACAUAAUUUAAUAUAAGUUUAAAUCAUAAUGUAUUUAAAGUUUGUAUAAUACGAAUAUCAAAAUAAAAGGAAUUUAAAGAUUA